AUGAGCCACGCAAAGACGACACGGAGCGCGACCUCCCUGGAGGGGCUGACUUUCCAGAACACCACACGAGCCAGAGUCGACGCGGUCAAAGAGACGACACCGCCGGGCCUCUCGCCAAUGCAACGAUUCAUGGCCGAGGACAUCCAAGUUCAGCCGUGGAACGGCCUGAGUUCUGGCCUCGCUCACCAUGUCACCCCACAUAAGAAGAGAAGCCAUGUGAGCAGCACACGGAGAAAGUGGCCCGUCCUCGCAAAUCCAUCGUCAACAGAUGGCUCGGUGUCGAGAGUUGAUGCAGUAGCCUCCGAGCUCGCUGUAUCUCAACCUCCCAGCGGUCAAACAACCGGCCGCUCCCGAGUAGAACACCAGGAGAAGCCCCAGAUCGCACAGGACCUGAAGUACGUCGGUCAGAUCUUUGCGGAAGACAGAGUGGGAAAAAGAGACAGCGGGCCCACAUGA